AUGCCUACGGGCGUCGAAUUUGCCGCCGCAGUGGCCGGACUCUUUCAGCUUUCCAUCCAGCUGUCGGGCUACUGCACGAAAUCCUAUCGAUCCAUCCGGGGAGCUCAAAAGAAUGCCAAACAAUUGCGCAGAUCCGUCUCUCAAUUUUCAUAUAUCAUAGAUCUAUUGUACAAAACCGCCGACGAUAUAAGUUCGAGAAACAUUGCUAUAGCUGAAGAUCCACAAACGAUAAAACAUCUCAACCAAAUCCGAAAGGCUAUCAGCGCGGAAAUGUCAAACAUAGGCAUGACUUUCAGAAGGAUUGAACCUCUCGAAAACCCCAAAGCAACACGACUCUCACGAAUGCGUGCCAAACUUAUGUGGAUGAUUUGUGACGAGAAAGAUCUGAAAGAACUUUUAGCCAAACUGGAACCCAUCAAACUUAGUCUUCUAGUGCUGACUGGAAUAUUCAACACCCGGAUUUUACUAUCUAAAUGGGAUGAGGAUCGCAAAAAUGGCAAAGUAAUCUCUCACGAGAUUCCCGGGCAAAUCAAGGAACUAAGAAAACAGAUCAAAAUGUUCACACAAGAGUGCAAGGACAAUCAACGUUAUUAUGAGGCCAUUCGGACAGUCAAAAUUACAAGGACUGGUACCAGGAACUCAUUCGCCAAGCAAACGACACAGGAGCAGACUCUUCUGAACUUGAUUGAAAGAACUCAAGUUCUGGCGGAGGAACAGAUCGCAAUCUCCAAGGCUGUGAUGAAGGAACUUGCAAACGGAACAGUCGUAUCAUCCAGCAGUGACGCAGCUGUCAGUCCCAGCUCCAGAGUUCCGCUAGGCCAGGAGGGUCUGGAACAGGUUGAGAUCCAUCCGACCGCCAGAGACAUAUCAGCCAUUCCAACGACCGAUCCGCCAACCGAUCCGCCUGUGCCAGAGCUUGUGGUUAUUCCUCACUCCAGCAACUCCCAAGAGUGCACGGAAGCAAAUAGUGUCCUUCCAGCUCAACAUGAGGAGCCGAUUGAGCAGCCAUACAUGCUCGUGAUUCACGAUAAUGGUAAGACGGUCACGGAGGAGUGGCGACGGCCCCGUGUACUUGCUUCCAUAUCAGAGAAUUCGGUUUCGGUCCUCUCCGACCGCCGGUCAGAUUCAGGCGCGCCUCGGGAUUGA